GUGGUUUAGCGCAGCAGAUCGCUUAGUUUUCGAUUUUCUCAGUAGCAGCAGUAGUAGCGGCAAAGUGCGAUGAAUCUGCGCGUGGUAUCGUUUGUGCUGGCUGUCGUUGUGACGGUGGCCAGUGUACCAGUCCAAGAGAGGAGAAGCGGCCCGAUAAUCAUAGACGCGCAAUUAGCAGAAGCUCAGGGCGUUCCGAGCAUCGAUAAGCCGGCCCAUGUGCAAACCGACCAGAAUGAAGCAGUACGAGCUGGAGAUGGUGCAGCCGCCGUGCUAGAUAAUGCUAUCGAACCGGCUACGGACGAACCGGAAGGUCCUACAGACGCACCAGAAGUCCCCACUGAUGAUCCGGAAGUCCCUACUGACGCACCAGAGGUGCCUACUGACGCGCCAGAAGUCCCCACUGAUGCGCCGGAAGUCCCCACUGAUGCGCCGGAAGUCCCUACUGACGCACCAGAAGUCCCCACUGAUGCGCCGGAAGUCCCUACUGACGCACCAGAGGUGCCUACUGACGCGCCAGAGGUGCCGACUGAAGCACCAGAGGUGCCUACUGAAGCACCAGAGGUUGCCACUGAUGAGCCGGAGGUUCCUACUGAUGAACCAGAGGUUCCUACUGAUGAACCAGAGGUUCCUACUGACGCGCCAGAGGUUCCUACUGACGCGCCAGAGGUUCCUACUGAUGCCCCAACUGAGGCCCCUACCGAUGCCCCAACUGAGGCCCCUACCGAGGCCCCUACUGACGCUCCUACCGAGGCCCCUACGGACGCUCCUACCGAGGCCCCUACUGACGCUCCUACCGAGGCCCCAACUAAUGCUCCUACUGAAGCCCCGACCGAGGCUCCAACUGAGGAACCUACCACGGAAGAUGGCGAUAAUCCGCAGACCACUACGGUAGAGAUCGAGACAACAACAAACGGUGUCGGCUCGUUGAUCUCGUUUGGUGUUUCCGUUCUAACAGCGAUUGCAUUAAUAAGUGUUCUGCGAACACACUAGGGUAGGCGGUCAACUCAACGGGUGUACGUGUUUUUGUUAAUCAGAUGAAAGUGCGUGUAGCGCACUUGUCUAUCAUACCACAUCAGAUUAACAGCGAUAACAUCGUUUAUCGCUCAAUGCAUCGCGGAAAAGGCUUAGGAUUACUUCACCCACCCGUAUGUGUUUAUCUGGCGACAUGCUCUAUAACGUACGCAGGUUACCAAAGGUUGUUUCCAAUUCUAAAAUUUCUGCCUAUUCGUGGGACGUGUUCGUAUGUAUGAAUGUGUGUGUGUGUGUAAAAUUUAUUGCAGUAA